ACUCCGCACCAACAACUUCUAAUACUAGGCUCCCGCUUGACGUAACCAACAGAAUGGUGACAUCUUCUACCAAAUGGUACAGACAGCCAGAGGUACUCCAGAUGUCCGGGACAUUGCUCUUCAUGGCCGCUGUGUUCUGUAUAGCCACCCACCGGCACCCGGUACAGAUCAUUAGCUCCUUCACUGCUGAGCGAGUGUUGACAGACGCAACCUUCCCCGGAUCAGACCAGGAGGACCCAGCCCUGGUGACCUACAUCCGUCGACGCCUCCUGGACCCGCCCUCCAGCCUUUCCUACAACCUCACCUACCCCGAGGUGGAACACCAGUCCCAGUUUGAUCAGUCCGCCUAUGUUGACGAAGAUCUCCUGCAUGGCAUGAAAGAUGGAUUCUUCGUGGAGGUUGGUGCCACGGAUGGCGAAUAUCUUAGCAACACAUUGUUUUUGGAGAGAAAACGGAACUGGACAGGACUUCUCGUGGAACCUUUUCCUGAAACCUAUGAAAAACUUCUAUCUAAAAACAGGAAGGCUUACUCAGUGAAUACAGCAGUGGCACUCAAUAGUGUUUCAAAUGAAGUUUUCUUCAAACCGAUUGGAUACAAAGGAGUCUUGAGCCACAUCGUCGACAGCAGCAAGGAGGCUAUUAAAGUGAAGGCGCUUCCUCUCUACUCCAUCCUACUGGCUCUCAACGUGACUGUAAUUGACUUUCUCUCCCUCGACAUUAAAGGUGAUGAGAUGAAGGUGUUGCGGACUCUCCCUUGGGACAAGAUCAAGAUCCGGCUCCUGUGUGUGGAGAUCAACCACAUCCCAGAGGGCGAAGGUGUUCUCCGAGAGUACAUGCAGUCGCAGGGCUAUAAGUUUCUUGGUGUCAGGGACGUUGAUGCCUGGUUCGCCCUGCCUCAACUGUUGAAUCAAACUAUGAACAAGAGCUGAGCUGUUAAUCAUUUUUAAAGAGCCUGUUUUUGUUUUAUCUAAGAAAAUAACUAGCUUUUAACACGUGCACUGAUUGCUAAUUGUUUUCAGAAAACACAUAAGGGUUUCACAAGUUAACUGAUAUUUUAGUGACCAAAUAUUUCAUAAUUCCCAACAUAAUGCAGCAGAAAAAUGUAUAUGGGUUUAUCAUAUUAUUGUGGCUAAUGUGGUCUGUUGUAUCAUCAUUUCUAAUGUAUUCAUAUGAUCUUGUAUAAUGUGGUGUUUAUACAAGAUUAUAUAAAGAUCACAUAAGACAAGAUCAAAUACCACAUUAGACAAGAUCAUACAAAUACUGCAUUAGAUAAGCUUAUGCAACAACCACAUUGGACAAGAUCAUACAACAGACCACACUGGACAAGAUCAUACAACAGACCACACUGGACAAGAUCAUACAACAGACCACACUGGACAAGAUCAUACAACAGACCACACUGGACAAGAUCAUACAACAGACCACAUUGGACAAGAUCAUACAACAGACCACACUGGACAAGAUCAUACAACAGACCACACUGGACAAGAUCAUACAACAGACCACACUGGACAAGAUCAUACAACAGACCACACUGGACAAGAUCAUACAACAGACCACAUUAGACAAGAUCACACAAUGUGGCCCAAAGAUCAUACAAUGUGUUGCCUCUGGAAAGAUUCCAGAGGCAACAAACUGCUGCCCAACUGAAAUUUCAAUUGGGCAACAACUUGUUGCCUCUGAAAUCUUUCCUAUUAUGGCUGUCUCAUUUGUACAGUGAUAGAGCUUCUGCCUCACGCUUGUGGAGUCGGCGGUUCAAAUCUCCUAGUGCCAUGGAAAUAGUUAUUUCCACGAUAGUGUGGUUGACAAUUCAUAUGACGUGGGCAUGGAUCACUAGUUUCUAUGUACCUAGUAGCAGCCAGGGCAAGUAUAAAAUGUGAUCUAUUGUAUGAUCUUGUCUAAUGUGAUCUUUGUAUGAUCUUGUAUAAAGGCCACAUUAGAAAAGAUCAUACAAAGACCACAUUAUUAUACAUCUGAGUACUGUGUAUCAUUGUGCCAUGUAUUUACCCAGUUCAUUGUGAUUGUACCAUCACCACAAACUCAUCUUGCAUCACGGUGUACAAUACCCCACACCCGAAUAGCCUGCACAUAGUUAGCCAUGUGUGGCUGCUGUGAGGUGAAAGCUAAAUCCGACAAGGGAACCACACUAUUCAGCGCCUGGAGCCGAGUCAACACCUAAUUAAUAAGGUAUGAAUAUGUCUCUGGGAGUGUUGAGCCGGCCAAUUACAUAAGCUGUAAACUAUCAUUUUGUAAAAUAAAUUACCAUGCACUCUUC